AUGGCAGCUCCGCUGGGAGGCAUGUUUUCUGGGCAGGCCCCGGGGCCCCCGCAGCCCCCUUCGGGACUCCCAGGCCAGGCUUCACUUCUUCAAGCGGCGCCAGGGGCUCCGAGAUCCUCUAACACUACUUUGGUGGACGAGCUAGAGUCUUCUUUCGAGGCCUGCUUUGCCUCUCUGGUGAGUCAGGAUUACGUCAAUGGCACCGAUCAGGAAGAAAUUCGCACCGGUGUUGAUCAAUGUAUCCAGAAGUUUCUGGAUAUUGCAAGACAGACAGAAUGUUUUUUCCUACAAAAAAGAUUACAGUUAUCUGUCCAGAAACCAGACCAAGUUAUCAAAGAGGAUGUCUCAGAACUAAGGAACGAGCUGCAGCGGAAGGAUGCCCUGGUCCAGAAGCACCUGACCAAGCUCCGGCACUGGCAGCAGGUGCUGGAUGACAUCAACGCGCAGCACAAAAAGCCGACCGACCUCCCCCAGGGCUCCUUGGCGUACCUGGAACAGGCGUCAGCCACCAUCCCCGCGCCGCUGAAGCCGACCUGA